CCCACCUUCGUAGCCUGGACAAGAUGUCGCACGCCUGAGUUCGACUCCUCAUUACCACCCUCUCCUACUCCAUGGCUUGAGCAUUGCACCAGUCUUACCAACACCAGCCACAUGCCCUGCUGCUCACCAUGUCCUCCUUUGCCCAAGCAUUCUCAGGGCCGACCCGCAUGGGCGGCCAUUUCGUCGACAUGUUUCCCAAAGGACAGGACAUUACAUGGAAUCUACUUCCCUAUAUCGUGAUUUGGCUCAUCUUCGCAGUCAUUCUUUUGAUUUGGCUGUUCAUUACCCUCUUUGUCCCCGAUCCUCGGAAGCCCCUCCCCUCGGAGAAGUUCUUCACCACCGUCGAAGCCACUGGCAACGUCACAGACCCAGAACCCCUUCCUAGUUGGUACGAUGAUAUGGUUCAGAAAGCACAGAGUGCUCGUCGUGAAGACAAACACUUUGACAUGGAUGCUGCGAUCGAGCCUGCAGAAGUUCUCGUGACCUUGGUAGUCCCUGCCUUCAACGAAGAACUGCGACUGAAUGGAAUGUUAGAGGAGGCUGUCAACUAUCUUGAGACAAACUAUGGCACGAAGGCGACCAAUCCCUCCAUCACCACCGUCGAAGAGAAGUCCCCGAUAUCCGAGACACCACCUCAAAUAUCAACAUCCCGAGCUCGUCGACGGAAGUCGAAUGGUGUCGCUGGCGAUGUACCUCCUUCCGCGCCUUCUGCCCAUUCCGCAACGUCCUCUUCCUCCACCUCAACCGCCCAAGGCUGGGAAAUCCUCUUGGUCGACGAUGGAUCCACCGAUGACACCAUCCUAGAAGCACAAACAUUUUCACGAAAACACAUCCUCCCCAAGAUGCCUCGCCGAGCGUCAGGACCCUGGACACACCGCAGCGAGACGGGCGUCAAGAUUCCUCCUGGGUCGAUCCGAUUUAUCUCACUCGAGAAGAACCGCGGCAAAGGUGGAGCCGUCACACAUGGCAUGCGGCACGCUCGAGGGCAAUACGUGGUUUUUGCCGACGCCGACGGCGCCAGCGACAUCACUGACUUGGGUAAACUCAUCGACUCAUGCCUGGAUAUUGCUGACGAGCGUGGUCGCGGCGUGGCCGUUGGGUCCCGUGCCCAUCUCGUUGGCAGCGAAGCUGUAGUCAAGCGGUCCAAGUUGCGCAAUUUCCUCAUGCACUCGUUUCACUUGCUGCUCAAAUUCAUGACUCCGCCUCAAACCGCCCGCAUCCGUGAUACCCAGUGCGGGUUCAAGCUCUUCUCACGGCCGACGCUGCCCUACAUCGUGCCACAUAUGCACAUGGACGGCUGGAUUUUUGAUGUCGAGAUGCUCAUGUUGGCUGAAUUUGCCGAUAUCCCCGUUGCUGAGGUCGCCGUCGGAUGGAGAGAAGUCGCGGGCAGUAAACUCGACGUUGUCCGGGACAGCAUUGGCAUGGCUUGGGGGUUGGCAUUGUUAAGAGUGUGUUGGGGUCUUGGUAUCUAUCGACGCUGAAGCAUAAGACGACGGAUUCUCUAUUCACAAUGGCUCAUACGAGGGGGGAAAUAAUCAUCUGUGAACCGGUACACAGGAAAAGAUUUUGGGUCUUCUGCAAAAGGUCAACCAUGAAUGAAUGAACAAAUAGAUCAUGUUGGAAUGGGACUCGUCAUUGAAAAACGUGGUCAAUAUCGAAAUUGACUCAUGCGGCAUAGAUUUUCGCAGCUAUACCCUGGACACCUAGAUAUCUUGAUAGAACCCAUCGUCCAUGUCUGAGUCUAUCGAUUCG